UUCUUCUUAGAGUUGCAGGAGAAUUGAAGAUGUGAGAGAGUGUUUUUCUUUCUGCUGCCAGAACUCAGAAAUGGGUGUGAAGAACCUGUGGGAUAUCUUGGAUUCGUGCAAAAAGAAACUCCCCCUUCACCAUCUCCAGAACAAGCGGGUCUGUGUUGAUCUCUCCUGUUGGAUGGUUCAACUUCAAAAUGUCAAUAAAUCUUAUGUCGCUACAAGGGACAAGUUUUAUCUCAUUUCUCUCUUUCACCGGCUCAGAGCCCUUAUUGCCUUGAAUUGUAGCCUGAUUUUCGUUACAGAUGGAUCGAUUCCUUCCAUCAAGCUAUCUACUUAUAAACGACGAUUGGGAUCAGUUACUGAGGUUUCUAGCGUGGAGACAAAUUCACAAAAUGCAUCUUCGCUUCGUAGAAAUAUGGGAUCUGAGUUUUCAUGUAUGAUAAAAGAGGCAAAAGUCCUUGGCAUGGCACUUGGGAUCCCGUGUUUGGAUGGGCUUGAAGAAGCUGAAGCACAGUGUGCAUUAUUGAACUCAGAAUCAUUAUGUGAUGGAUGUUUCACGACGGAUUCAGAUGUCUUCCUUUUUGGUGCAAGGACGGUAUAUAGAGAUAUUUGCGUGGGGGAAGGUGGUUAUGUAGUCUGUUAUGAAAUGGCAGACAUUGAGAAGAAACUUGGGUUUGGAAGGAACUCAUUGAUUGCUCUGGCUCUUCUCCUUGGUAGUGACUACUCUCCGGGAGUCCGCGGUUUUGGUCCGGAGACAGCAUGCGAGGUUGUUAAAUCAAUUGGGGAUGGUGUCAUUCUUCAACGUAUUACAUCAGAGGGGUUGGCAUUUGCAAAGAAGAAAGAACCUAAGAAGCAGGGUCAAAUUCUCAAUGGCAAUGCAAACAAAGAGAACAAUCAGUUUCAUAAACUGAAUAUUAAUGAAAGUGAGCAAAAUCCACAAGACAAACAGUGCAUACAAGUAAUCAAUGCAUACUUGAAGCCAAGAUGUCACUCUGCAGACUCAGAAGCUGUGCAUAGGUUGCUUUUUCAACAUCCAUUUCAACGGAACGAACUUCAACAGAUGUGUGCUGAGUAUUUUGGUUGGGCACCUGAGAAAACAGAUGAGUACAUCCUCCCAAAGAUUGCUGAGAGAAAUUUACGGCGGUUUACUUACCUGCGUAAAACUUCAUCAGAAGUAGGACUUCAGCUACCAGUGUAUGAGUUGCCAGUUACGUGUCCUAUUUCUGCAAUUAUCAAGCGCAGAAAAGUGCAGGGUACAGAAUGUUUUGAGGUUGCUUGGGAAGAAAUGGAUGGACUGAAAACUUCCACAGUCCCUGCUGAUCUCAUUGAAAGUGCCUGUCCCGAGAAGAUAAACGAAUUUGAAGUUAGGAAAGCUGAAGAGAAGAAACCGAAACGGAAUGCAAGGUCAAAGAAGUCGGAAAGCAGUGCUGCUAUGUGUGAAGUCAAUCAGAGGCUGCAGGAUCUGUUGCUUGACAUAGAAGCACAAAGCAAUGUGAUUAGUAGUGUAACCCUUCACCACCCAGUUGAUCCUAUAAGUGCUGAAGCUGAGGUCGUUAAUCUCUUGAGCCCUGCUCCAGAUGUUUCUGUUUCUAAAGUUUUGAAAAAUCAACAGGUCAGCGGUCGACAUAUUGAUGUACUCGACUUAAGUGAGUCUGAGACCGAAGCAUCACCUGAACAUGCUAGGAAAGCAAGAGAGUUGAGAUUAUUUAUAGCCAGUAUUAAGGAUGAUGUCUCUUGAAUGAGCC